UUUAUAUUCUCGACAUUUACCUCAGUGUCGGGAAAAGAACACUUGGGGUUUCAUUAUUGCCGCUGUUUAGGGAUUUUAGCUUAUUCUCCCGCUUCUUAUAGUUAGUAUGAGUCGUCAUCCUGAGGUCAAAUGGGCUCAGCGGUCAGACAAGGUCUAUAUCACAGUGCAGUUGCCUGAUGCUAAAAAUGCAAAAGUGGAUCUUGCUCCAGAAGGCGUUUUUACUUUCUCCGCUAGUGGUGGGGCAGAAAAUCACCUUUACGAGCUGAAAUUGGAACUCUUUGGCAAGGUUAAUGUAGAGGAGAGCAAAAUUAAUAUAGGGGUGAGAAACAUAUUCUGUGUAGUACAGAAGGCGGAAGAUGGAUGGUGGAAGAAGUUAUUGCGGGGAGAAGGCAAGGCUCCUCAUUACAUAAAAGUAGAUUGGGAUAAAUGGGUUGAUGAGGAUGAUGAUAAUGGUCUUGGUGACCUGGAUUUGGGAGGAAUGGACUUCUCGAAAUUUGGUGGGAUGGGUGACGGAGGAAUGGGUGAUGAUUUUGAUGAUAAUGAUGAUGAAGGUAAAGAGGAAGAAGUGUCAAAGCCUGGAGAAGACCCUGGCAAGGUCGGAGAGGGAGGGUCUAAGGAUGAAAAGCGAGAUGCUGGCAAGAAUGAGAGUGAAGAUUCCAUGGAGAAACAAGCUGCACCAAGCACAUGAUAUUUAUGAUGUCAGAAAUUCUAAUUUGAAGACGUCUGCUUGUGAAUUUGUGCGGUGAAAUUUUCAGUCUGAUUGUGCCGCGGAUUGUCAGUUAUUUUGGUGGAGGCAUCUACGUAAUUCUCCGUAUGUCGGCUUAGCAGUCGUUAUGCAUUGGUUAAAGCUCCUUCUGGUCUUUCUAGGGAGUUGUACAUCAGAUAAUUUUAUUUCCCGAGUGAAUGACGUGUCCGAAUUCUUGUGCCGAAAUAACCGCUUCCAUAUGUUUUUCGUGAUCGGACACUUGAUUUGGAAUACAGUUUCCUCGCAUCCCGUCGUGAACAUUUGUUCUCUUGAGUUGUUCGAAAGCUAAACGGAGCUGUGUGUCGCGAAUCAGUGUGUAAAAUGGCUGCCGUAUGAGGGCUGUAUGGGUUUGUUAUUUAACAGGAAGGUUGUAUUCCCCGCGAA